AUGCUACUCCGCAUGGACGAUGAAUCAGGACAUUGGCACGUUGCGUACUUUUCAGACGCGCAUAACCACCACGUUCUUGAGUUGCAAUUUUCUUCCAUGCUCCCAGGCCAUCGGAGGAUGAGCGAAGCGGACAUCGAGCAGAUGAACGACAUGCGCAAAGGGGGCAUUGGUGUCUCCCGAAUCCACGGUUUUAUGGCGAGCCUAGCCGGCGGGUAUCAUAACGUCCCGUACACAACAAGGGACAUGCACAAUGUAAAUGCGAAGCAACGAAGGGAGGGUGGCCUAGACGCGGAAUCGUGCCUAAGGUAUCUCCGAGAGUGCAAGACAAAUGAUCCAACACUGUACUACAAGGAAGUUGUUGACGGUGAGGGCAUGUUGCAACAUUUGUUUUGGUGUGACGGCACGAGCCAAAUUGAUUACCAGGUGUUUGGAGACGUGGUUGCAUUUGAUGCAACGUACAAGAAAAACGUUUACCUUUCACUUCUUGUAGUAUUCUCCGGUGUGAAUUACCACAACCAAACGGUUGUCUUUGCCGCUGCACUGGUGGCAGACGAGAAAGAAGAGACCUAUGUCUGGCUGCUUCAACAGUUGCAAACUUCAAUGAAAGGGAAGGCUCCCAUGUCCAUAAUAACCGACGGUGACAGGCAAAUGAAGUCUGCGAUCGAGCAAGUUUUUUCAGAGGCUCACCAUCGACUCUGCGCUUGGCAUCUACUCCGAAACGCCACUAGCAACAUCGGAAAGCCCAAAUUCACCAGGAUGUUUAGGGAUUGCAUGCUUGGCGACUACGAGGUCCGAACAUUCCAGAGAAAGUGGUUUGAGAUGGUUGAGAAAUUUGGCGUCGCCGAUAAAAGAUGUGUACAGGAUAUGUACGAGAGAAGGCAUAGUUGGGCCACAGCACACAUACGGGGAAAGUUCUUUGCCGGAUUUCGAACAACAUCAAGGUGCGAGGGCUUGCACGCUGUGAUAUCACGGUAUGUUAAGUCUCAAUACAGCUACACUGAGUUUUUACGUCAUUUCCAUGGAUGCUUGAUGUUCGUGCGUGCAAAGGAGGUGGAGGCUGAUUUCGAGUGUGCAAAGGGUGACCCUGUUAUGAGCACAAACCUGAAACAGCUGGAGUGGAGUGCAGCCGAGAACUACACUCGUGCAAUAUUCUAUUUGUUUGUUCCCAUUCUUGACAGGGCCUGUGCAAUGAGGGUGGUUGACUCUGAAGACAACGGUUCCUAUUUUAUCCACACCGUCUCUCGAUACGGCACUCUGGGGAAGGAUUGGCGUGUUGUUGCAACGUCUGAUACAAGGGAGGCCCGAUGCACGUGCAUGAGAAUGGAAUGUUUCGGGGUCCCCUGCGAACAUAUAAUUGCGGUGCUUGUUCUGAACAAUGUUCAUGAGAUCCGGAGGUCUCUGAUAUUGCCGAGAUGGACCAAGGAUGCAAAACUUGUGGCGGUGCAGUCGAUGGGCGUGAUUCUGGAUUCUAGACAUUGCCAUGUUGAUGCUGAAGCACUUCGAGAACGAAGAUGCAGGGGACACUAG